AAAUGAAGUAUACUUAAAGGCCAUUCCUUUAUUGGUGUAUUUUAAUUCGUCUAACAUUAUCAGUAUAACGAUUAAAUCCACCCCUCGUGCCGUCAGCAUUUGAAGGGGCUUGGUGAUAGGAACCAAAUAAUUAUGUUGUUGUCAACCGGUUCAAUCGCCCUGACGCACUUAAAUGUUCACUAGCAACAUUAGCAUUAGCUGUUCAGAGAGCGAACCCCCACUAGUCAGAAACUUCUUUUGUAUGCACUCAUACAUGAAGUACUGUGCAUGUUUUUUCAAAGUUUUCAUUAAAAAUAUAAUUUCUUAUAUGCGCUUGUCGUAUUCUCGGUUUGUCGUCAUAUUGUUUUUUUUUAAGUUAUGUUUACGGACGAGCGCAGCGUUAGCUAACUGUUAGAAUGCUAGAAACGGUAGAGAGGCGUAACGUUGACAACAAUUACUGAAUGUUGACGGUGCACCUGUUGUCGGUAUGCACGGAUAAUUUGCAGCCAAGGUGCAUGUGAGAACUACUCUGAAAGCAAAUAAAACAAAACACUAAACAAGCGGCAGUGCCAUCAGACAGAUCAUCUCUUAGGCCCACGGGAUGGCUGCUGCAGGAGCCGCAGCCGGACCAAGCACUUCCAAGGAUUUCAUAGAUGUCUACAGUGAUUUGAAUCAAAACGAGGAGGAUUUGAGCAGAAUUGCUGAAGCAAAUGAACUUUUUGAUGCUGUCCUGACUGGCUCAGUUGAUCAGGAGAAGAAAGUUACUACUCAAGUGCCCCCUCUUAAGGAGACACAAGUUAAAGAGGAAUCUAAAUCAACAGCAGUGAAAACCCAGAAAGGAGGAAAUUCACUGAGGAAACUGUCAUUAUAUAUUGGAAAUUUCCCGUGGUGGACAUCUGACAAGGACCUCAUGUGCAUGGUCCAAACGUUGGGUGUGAAGGAUGUCAAAGAAAUCAAAUUCGCUGAGAACAGAGUUAAUGGUCAGUCAAGAGGCUAUGCAGAAGUGGUGGUGACCUCAGAAGAGUCAUUAAAACUAUUGUUGGAAAAAAUACCCCAAUGUGAACUCAAUGGGGAAAGGAUUGACUGUCGCUUUGCUACUCGCCAGAACCUCACUGUGUUUGAGGAAGUUGCAAAUAAACGUAUACCCUUACGUGUUACUUCCAAAGAUUCCAAGGACUCAGAUUCUUCGGAUAAGAUUCCCUCAUUAUUAUCACAGGAGCCCAGCCCUCCCCCUAUACCUCCACUUUUUCCAUCACGUUCACUUGCAAACAGGUUUCCCUCAUUACCCAGCCCUUUCCUUGGUCAGCCACCCCCACCUUUCCCACAUAUGCCUGCAAACAUCCCUCCGCCCCUGCCGCCCCCUUUAUUCCCUCCUCAUCCAGUCCAUGUUUGUAGCCAACCAACUCCUAGUCUACAUAUAAAUCCAGCGUUCUUCUCCCCGGCACCAGAUGGACACAGCAGCAAAGCUUACAGCCAACAAAAACACACAUCUCAAAGUACAGGUGGAGAUUUUGAAGAGCUAAUGAACAGAAAUAGAGCUGUUGCCAGCAGUGCCAUAUCCAAGGCUGUAUCUGGAGCAACAGCUGGAGACUUGCGGGUGGCCAUGGAGACUCUAUUAACUGCCAUUGCCAUCAUUAAGCAGUCCAGAGUGUAUGGAGAUGAACGCUGUCAAGCCCUGGUCACCUCACUCAAAGACUGUUUAGUCUCUAUCCAGGGCAACUAUGGCUACAGGAGUAGCAGUCGUUCUGGGGACAAAGAAAGAGACCGCGACAGGGGUCGUGACAGGGAGCGAGAGCGUGACAGAGAACGGGACCAAGAAGAUUCCUCUGAUUGGGAAGGUGUGGGAAUGUCUCGUAGACACAGAGAUCGUUCCUGGAGUGGAGAGAGAGACAUGGAGCGCCCGCGGGAACGGGAAAGGGAACGAGAACGGGAAAGGGAAAGGCACAGAGAUCACAGAGACCGAUACCGCUGACUUGACUGGUGGUCUCUUCAUGUGUGGAUCAGAGUGAAGACAGGACUUAUGUGUUUCUGCCUCAAGUUGUAUAGAAAUCUGGAGGAAUCUAAGGUGAGACCGAAGAUGUAUCUCCAAAAGACUAAAGUGUACUUUUUUUUGUUGUUCAUCUGAACAUACUGGGACGCUUUCCUGUUUUAUGAAAAAAAAAUGUGGUUGUAGAUUUAUAGCUGGGACAUCAGAGCUCAAUGCUUGCAUGCACAGGAACACCUCUUAUUAAAUUCUGUAAUACUGUGUAAUGUUUUCAUCACUUUCUUUUGUAUUAAACCUACAAAUUAAAGAACAUUUCCUGAAAAUAUAA